UGCACCAGCAUAGGAAAAUAUUCAAACUUAAUCACAGAAGGAAAGGAAACGACCAAGUUACAAGUAUUUAAAUUCAUCGCUGUUUAUUCGUCCCUGUGAGGAUGAGUAUGAGAAACCAGAGAAUUUCGAUUUCUUCAUUCAGACAGGAAAUUGCAUCAUUUCAGUAACUUUGCAUCGUUAACUGUCAGUGCAAAUCAGUGCGUUUGAGCAAAAUUACAGUCAACAGGAACAAGCAAAGCAAAUCGCAGCAGGAAAAUAAAACUACGGAAAACAUGCUGCCCAAGUGAGGUGUUCCACGAAUUAAUUCAUCUUUCAUCCGUUGGGCGAACUAAAAAUCGUGUAGUAAAAAAGAAUAAAUAAGUUGCAAAUUUAAAAACAUCUACAUUUUUGUUCGCCGUAGUCGUCGUCCCUUUUCUGGACCUGGCUGCUCUGAUGGCAAAAAGUGGUCGGACCGGACCCCAAAAGUAUUCCAUUCCAUAAUAAAAGAUUGCGCGAAAGAUUGCAGUUAAAAAUAUCGGAGGAAGAGGUGGCCUGUGAAGCCCUGCUGUAGCGAAGAAUUUGCAGCGAAAUUAAGGGAAACGGACGCCGGAUCCAGCGAAAAGGCACACAGAAAACAAGCGAAUCUUUUGAAGCUCUCGAUUUGUGUUUUUUGCCCCUCUUUAUCAACGAGCCAACAAAAGACCAUAGCGGAAAACCAAGAGAACAACGACAGUCCAGGAAAGAAAAUUAUAUAAUGGACAAAUUUUUUGCAGCUGUAUCAUUAUUUCGUCGUCGAAAAUAUGAUGAGUGUAUCGAGGUGUGCAACGAGCUGCUGCAGAAUAAUGCCCUUCAUCAAGGUCCUUGGGAGCUGAAGAUGCGAUCUAUGACCCAGCGAGUGUACAUCGACGACAUCGAGGCAGACGACGAUGUGGCAGAGGAUAUUUUGGACACACAGACCAUCGCAACGGCUCCAAGACCGGGCACCUCGAUUCGGACAGCGGCUGCCGUGGCUUCUGCAACGACGGCCUCGGGAAAGACAACGGCAGCUGGUGCCCGGCCUCGCACUGGUACCGGGAGACCAAUUACCGGCAUUUCCCGACCUGGAACGCUUUCGCUGCAGCGACCUGGGUCCACUCUUGGCAACAAAUCUGCACUGAAAACCGCAAGAACCGCAGGAUCUGCCAGGAAUAUGCGUCUCGGGUCGGCCUCAAUGUUUGCCGUUGGCGAUCCAACCGGGCCACUGUUUCACAUCUCACGUUUGCAUCCGGAUAAGUACGCCGAGAAGGAUUCCAUUUCGAAACCACUGUUUCAGUACCUGUACUACCACGAGGGUGAAAUUCGGAAGGCGAUGGCACUUUGCGAUGCGGUUCUGAGCACUAAACGAUCCGCUGCCGGCUGGUGGUGGAAUACCCAGAAAGCACGCUGUCUGAUUACAACCGGCAGUCCCAGGGAAGCUGAGCAGUUCCUUAGAACGGCUCUCAACGAACUGUACCAUCCGGAUACGGUGCUGCUUCUCGCUCGAAUCUACAUCAAAAUUGACCAACCAACAGCCGCACUGGAAAUAUGUAAAAGUGCCCUUGAGAAACUGCCCAAUGAUAUCACCAUUUUGACCCAACAGGCACGAGUUUUGGAGCUGGUUGGAAAUCUUACGGCUUCAGUGCGUCGCUAUCGGCAAAUAUCUCAGCUGGAUUCUAUGAACACCGAAGCGUUGGCCUGUAUAGCCGUGAGUUAUUUCUAUGGAAACCAGCCGGAAACUGCGCUACUGUACUAUCGAAGAAUUCUGUCAAUGGGAGCACACAGCGCUGAACUGUACUGCAACAUUGGACUCUGUUGUUUGUAUGGCGGACAGCUGGAUCUGGUGUUUCCUUGUUUUCAGCGUGCUAUUCGAAUGGCUACCAGUGCGGAUCUGAAGCCCGAUGUGUGGUACAAUUUGAGCUUCGUUGCACUGACAACCGGAGACGUCCAUCUGGCUCGCCGCUGCCUUCGCCUCUGCAUUGCCACCAACGGAUCCCACGGACCGGCACUGAACAACAUGGCCGUGAUGGUUGCCCGCCAGAAACAAUUCGCCAAAGCCAAAUCCUAUCUGAUGUCCGCAAAAGUCGCCCUGCCAAACUGCGACGAAAUUUUGAAUAACUUAGAAUAUAUAGAAAAUUUCGAAUAA